AUGUCUGUUGUAGAGGCGGGGAGCUUCAUUAUACUUGUACUUUGGGACACAUCUUAUGGCAUUCUCAGCUUCACAGAGCAUAGCCGGCUCCCAUCGUCUACAAAACAAAGGAACCAUGCGACUGGUCAAGCGCAGCGCAUACAUGUCGCCAUACAUACACGAUGCUGUCGUCAAGGAUUGAUCGGGCCUAGGGAACAGUUGUUUGGGGCCAUGCUUGAGUGUCCCUGGCGGAGGAAGGAGCCGCAUAAAGUCCAGAACCAAAUCUUGAAAUUGCUAGGAUUGUACUCUCUGUCAGGCAUCCGGCUCAACGAGGCUGUCAUUCUUAAUAUGCCCGCACUGAUGGACUGGGGUGUCGAGGGUUCCGUGGUACAGCGGGUGGUGACUCGGACGAUACCCUUAACGCUAGCUAGACUGCGCUUCCAUACUGUUUUUCCAGCAACCAGCGAACCUGGAAUACCCCCGGAAAUUGCACGGAUAAUUGAUGAAGCUUGUAGGCUCAAUGCCUCAGUAUGCCUUGGAUCCAUUGAGAGUUUACAGGCAACAUCACGCCGAAGAUUCUCAGGAAAGCAUGAAUUGUUUCCGGGAACUUCAUUCUGGUUCCCGGAAUCUCACGGGCUCCUCUUUGUUAUAUCAGCUGCUGGUUAUGCCGCUCUACUCUCGGCUCAAAAACAAGGGCUUGGAUGA